CAGACAUGGUGAACUACGGGUGCAGUAUUGUAUUGCUCUCCGCCUGUACAUUCUUGGCUCCAUCUCCAGGACUCACACAGAAGACCUUCUAUGGACAACUUGUGUCUGGGGUGUAUAUGAAGACUCAGGUCCCCAGCUCCUCCUUGUGUCAGUCUGUGUGCUGGUACUCCGUCUCCUGUAGGUCCUGUACCUGGGCUACAAGGACGGGCCUGUGUUCCCUCAGCAGUGAGACCAGGGACACCUCACCAGCCUCCUUCUCUGUCAGUCGACAUCACGUCUACACAGAGACGACGGCGCCACAGAGUGUACAACAUCCGUGUAUCAGACGAUCGUGUUCAGCUGAAGAGCUCUGCGUCCCAGUAGAGGCAGGGGGUGAUUACAUAUGUCUAAAGAAGGACGUAACUGCCGAUGUAACAACUCCUGCAGCUGCGUCUGAUAUUGAUGUCACAGCCGCUCCAUCAUCAAUAUCAACAUCUCCAGCAUCAACUACAGGGACUACCUCAAGAGCAACGACGCCUAAUAUCACAACGUAUGCUGUCACUACAACAACAGGUGGAACGACCAACACGGGUCCAACUGUCACUACAGUAACGAGUGGUUCGACCAACGCGGAUCCAACUGUCACUACAGCAACGGGCGGUACGACCAACGCGGAUCCAACUGUCACUACAGCAACGGGUGAGGUGACCAACGCGGAUCUAACUGUCACUACAGCAACGGGUGAGGUGACCAACGCGGAUCCAACUGUCACUACAGCAACGGGCAGUACGACCAACACGGGUCCAACUGUCACUACAGCAACGGGCGGUACGACCAACACGGAUCUAACUGUCACUACAGCAACGGGCGAGGUGACCAACUCGGAUCUAACUGUCACUACAGCAACGGGCGGUACGACCAACACGGAUCCAACUGUCACUACAGCAAUGGGUGAGGUGACCAACUCGGAUCUAACUGUCACUACAGCAACGGGCGGUACGACCAACACGGAUCCAACUGUCACUACAGCAACGGGCGGUACGACCAACACGGAUCUAACUGUCACUACAGCAACGGGCGAGGUGACCAACUCGGAUCUAACUGUCACUACAGCAACGGGCGGUACGACCAACACGGAUCCAACUGUCACUACAGCAAUGGGUGAGGUGACCAACACGGAUCUAACUGUCACUACAGCAACGGGCGGUAGGACCAACACGGAUCCAACUGUCACUACAGCAAUGGGUGAGGUGACCAACGCGGAUCUAACUGUCACUACAGCAACGGGUGGUACGACCAACACGGAUCCAACUGUCACUACAGCAACGGGCGGUACGACCAACACGGAUCCAACUGUCACUACAGCAACGGGUGGUACGACCAACGCGGAUCCAACUGUCACUACAACAACGGGUGGUGCUUGCGUCACCGACUGUCAGGGACGAGUAGGAUUCUAUCACUCCUGUGGUACCUGCCAGGUGUUUUUUAUUUGCUCAUGGAAUAAUUAUAAAGUAAGGUCCUGUCCCGAUGGUUUGGAAUGGAAUAAUAUCAACCAGACCUGUGCUCCUGGACCUUCACCUACUUGCCCUUAGCUCGGACCAUGCGACAAAUAGAAUAAACUUGUACAGUGGAAGCUGUCUAAACCGGCACUCGUCGGGACUGAAGAAACCAUCCGGUUUAGAAAAAGCGUACCGGAUUGUAGAGAUGGCAUGGUUACCUACGCCUAGAACUGAACCAGGAGAUACAUUUUGUAUCUGACUUUAAAUGCCUGAAUCAUACCUUGGUAAAGAGGUUGUAACACCCAUCCGGUUUACACAGCGAACCGGAUUGUAGAGAUGGCAUGGUUACCUAC